AUGUGGUCAACGAGACACCCUCACGCGCCGUGGCCGCGGCCGAGCGUCGGCCGUUUCUGCUACGUCAUGGUGGCGAUCGCAGCAGCCAUUGUGAUGGUGCACCAUCACAACCAGAUGCAGCAAGAGAUCGACGUCAAUCGACGGUCCAGGAAUCAGAUGGAGCGGCUGUACGAUGCGAUGCGGCGGCAGGAGGGCGAGUGGAAGGCGAAGGCGGAGGACGAGCGACUGCGACUCGCGGAGGUCAUGGACGCGUGUUCCAAGGUGCGGCAGCAUCUGGCAGCGGAGCAGCAGGUCAGCCAGCAGCAGGAGCAGCAGAUACGCUCCCUGCAAGAGACGCAGUCAAGCGGGCACAGGCCAGCGGGGGCAAGGGGGAGCGUGCGGCAGGUGCGAGCGUGUCAGUCGGGGCUUUUCUGA